AUGAACCACCAGCAAUCUAACAACCUUAGAACUUCCAUUAACAUUUUUGAAAAUAACAAUUUAUUAACUUUUGACAACAACCAUCCUUCUAGAAGUCAUCAUACAUUUGUAAACAGCACUUUAGCAAAUAGAAACAAUCAAACUAAUGAUAGAAAACAAGCUCAAGCACAAGACUUAGACAUUUUUGAAUUAAUUUUGCAAAAAAUUGUUACUGGAUUUAAAGAAGUAAUCAUUGAAGUUGCUGCUAUUGAUCCUGAACCAAUUAAUAUGAAAGUAAUAAUCACACAAGCACCACAAUCACAAGAACUACUACUACUCAUUGCCAUGUUAGAAUUAGAGGAAACCCCAUAG